GCCACGCCAGCAAGACGCUGCCCUCGUCGCCCAGCAAGGCCGGGGGGGGGACGAGCCGCGCCAAGAUGUCCCUGACGGGCACCAGCAAGUCGCCCCCGUCGGUGCAGAGCCUGGCCAUGCGGCUGCUUAGCCUGCCCGGCGCCCGCCUGCCCCCGGACGGGGGGCCCGCGGGGGAGCCCCAGCCCCCCGCCCCCGCGGACCCCAAGCCCAAGGUCCACCGGGCCCGCAAGACCAUGGCCAAGCCCAGCAAUGGACAGGUCCCUGAAAAGCGAGUCUCCGAGAUGCUGCAUUUCCGAGUCUCUGACGACCUGCGGAGCAUCGAGGAGCCAGAGCCGGCCAAGCGGCAGAAGCUGGACUACAGGACGGAUUCGAUUCACAAGCGGCUCCCGUCCUCCCUGCACAGAUCCAGCCCCCGUGCCAGCACUGAGAUCACGGUGACGGAGGAAAUGGCGGCUCCGCCCAGUGAGUCCCGCCCCCUUGGGGACCCCUCGGGGGCCCGGGGAGCAGGGGGGCCCCUGGAGGAGUGGGAGACUGAGGUGGGCGAGGACUUCAGCCUUUUCUACGACAGCUACUCCGUGGACGAGCACGGCGACUCGGACAGCAAGUCGGAGGCUGACAGGGCGGGGGAACAAAUGAGUGAGGAAGAGGAGGAGGAGGAGGAGGAGGAAGAGGAAGAGGACGAAGAAGACGAAGAAUCCGGGACCAUGUCCGACAGGAGCGCCUCCAGCACCAAGCGGAAAGCCAAGAAGCGCUGGAAAAACGACAGCCCCUGGGUCAAGCCGUCCCGCAAACGCAAGAGGAAGGAGGCUCGGCCCAAGGACGGGCGAGGUGAGGGGGGCACGAGGAGGGUGCGGCCUGGUGUUAGGGGCUGAUUCCUUCACCCACUCACUUCCCGGGUCCGUCUCGCAUGAACAGAGCAGCAGCACCCGAACUCCGAAGGUGCAGACAACUCGAUGGUUAUUGGGGGGAACUUCCAGCGAGCAGGAGUCCGGCUUCCUUCCUCAGUGU